GAAAGUCUUGACACCCUCCAUCUGCAAGCAAGCGGGGAUCCCUUCCAUCCAUAGCCAAUAGUCCAUCGUCUCGAUAUUGGUCGCCAUCUUGGCGGGGCUUUUCUCCGUAGUGCUGGAACCAAUCCGUUGCCAUCAUUGAUCACCAAAACCCUACCAUAGAUACUUCCCGCAGUCCCCCCGAUCUACGUAGUCUACGUAUAGAAAGAAGGGAGAGCCUCUUGUUUAAUGGUGCUCCUUUACGAAAAUGCAACCUUGUCUUAAGCCCAACUAGACCAAUCAUAAAACCAUAAAACCAUAAGACCAUAAAACCAUCAACCGAACGUAAAUAUCUUCCUGAUGAGUUAACUAUCGCCUACGCCUACGAUGAGCAGAGACCAAGAACAGCCCCAAAUCGACGCCGACUCGAUCCUAUCGGUGUCGACGGACGAAGAUGUUUUCGAUACUCUUUCACUUUCUGCCGACUCCAUAUCCAUGUCCGAUGAAGUUCGCGAUUAUGUCUAUGAGAACUCACGGCGCUAUCACAAAUAUCAAGAAGGCCGUUACCACUUCCCCAACGACGAUGCUGAGCAGGAGCGCGAGGAUAUGCAACAUGCAAUGUUCAUGCUUCUAUGCGAUAGCAAACUACACUUUGCGCCUCUUAACAACCCGCGCUCAGUACUUGAUAUUGGUACAGGGACGGGCAUCUGGGCGAUAGAGAUGGGCGAUGAGUAUCCAGACGCAGAAAUAUUAGGGAUAGAUCUGAGCCCCAUACAACCUUUGUGGGUGCCCCGUAAUGUCCAAUUCCUCGUGGACAACGUAGAGGAAGAGUGGCUUCAGCCGGCAAAUUCAUUGGAUUAUAUUCACGCUCGCCAAAUGGCAUCGACGAUUCGGGACUGGCCCGCACUUAUGACAGAGGCGUUCAAGGCAUUGAAGCCGGGCGGCUGGUUCGAGUUACAAGAUCUGAAAUGCUGCGUCGAAUGCGACGACGACACAAUGCGCGAGGACGAUCUUAUCGCAGAGUUCCUUAGCAAAAUCGUGGGAGCGAUGAGUAUUCUUGGCGUCGACUGUAUUACCGCAUUGGAGAAGUACGAACAGCGGUUGAGGGACGCGGGCUUCAUCAAUAUCCAAAGGACGAUUCUGAAAGCCCCGCUGGGAACGUGGCCUAAAGAUCCACAGCAGUCAAAAAUCGGCCUAUAUAGCCGGAACAUGAUGUACGACGGCCUGCAUGGCUUUGCCAUCAGGCCUUUUACCCACGGUUAUAACUGGACGCCAGAGGAGGUUGAAGUUUACCUAGUGAGCGUACGAAAAGCGGUGCUACGCUCUAGGGCGCACCUUUACAUCCCAUUCCAUUGCGUUUAUGCACAAAAACCCCCGGAGCCGGCCGCGGCACGCUCAAUAUGAGCUAUUCCCUUUACGAUAUCGUGGUGGGUUGAUACUAGUACGGACUGAGGGCUCUCCCGGCGCUAGCGGAUCGGCGUAUUUAUGGGAUCUAUUCAUGUUUGAUACCAGCGAUCAUGAUCACGGUGGUUCAGUACCCGGCUUUUAGAAGGGGGGCUUUCAGGACGAGCGGGCAUAGAUGGAGGCUGUCAUUUACUGGUUUACUAGGUGCUCCUGAGCAUCCCGUAUCUUAUGCUUCAAAAGUGUUGGCAUGGGCAGGUAGUUCAAGGACCUUACGCAUUGGCCGGGGCGGAAUGGCGCUGCAUUUGCCUGGGGGGAGUCUGUUACAAACGAGGUGGUUUAAAAAAGAGGAUUCUCGAGAAUCAUAGGGGUAAACCUAUUUUUAUAAUUAUGAGUCUAACUAUAUGACUUAGCCACCUAAGUACAGAACCGCAUCACACUUCUAUAUCAAUAUUAAUAGAAUUCCGUGGUCUAUCCGCU